AUGACGUUAAGUUCGAAAACCCAGUUUGCCCUAACCCUUCCGGUCAUCGACUUCUCGGUUCCAAACCUCAAACCAAAAACUCCCGAAUGGGACUCAGUGAAAUCCCAAGUCCGAAAAGCCCUAGAAGAAUACGGAUGUUUCGAGGCUUUGUUCGAUGGAGUUUCGGUGGAGCUAAGGAAGGCACUGUUCAAGGCCUCGGAGGAAGUUUUUGACUUACCAUUGGAGACCAAACUGAAUUCAAAGUCAGAGAAACUAAUUAACCAUGGAUACGAACUUCAGAAUCCUGAGCUGCCUUUAUACGAAGGCAUAGGGUUUAACGGUGUCGAAGAUCCUGAGUCUGUCGAUGACUUGACUCGCAAGCUUUGGCCUCAUGGCAACGUUACCUUCAGCAAUACUGUUCAGUCGUUUGCGAAGAAGUUAAUAGAACUAAGCAUGAAAGUGAGGACAGUGAUCAUGGAGAGUUUCGGACUCGAGAAAUACGUUGAGGAGCAUCUUGACUCAGCGUUCAACCAUUUUCAUCUAUUUAAAUACAAAGGACUUAGCGACAACACGGAGGAGAAGCUAGGUCUUGACGCUCAUAUCGAUAGACAGUUCAUUAACAUACUUUGCCAGAACGAUGUAGUAGAUGGCGUGGAGAUCAAAACCAAAGAUGGUGAAGAGUGGUUCAAAGCUAAGCCAUCUCAAGACUCUUCUUUCCUUGUUAUAGCCGGAGCUUCUCUACAUAUUCUUCUGAAUGGUGAGGUGUUUCCUCCGCUUCACCGUGUGGUUAUAAGUGGAAAGAAAGAUCGGUACUCGGCUGGAUUGUUCUUGCGUCCUAAAGAAGGAGUGGUCAUAAAUGCGCCUGAGGAGAUAGUAGAUGAUGAACAUCCUCGCCUCUAUAAACCUUUUGAUCUUGAGGCUUUCUUGAAGUUAAGCUCUACAAAUACCAAGAGGAUAAAUCUAUCAAAUCUGAAGACUUUCUGUGCCCUUUAAACAUUUUUAUGAUGCCUUGCGCGCGAAUAAACAAACUUAUGUAUCAUUUUAUCAUUGGUUUGCACUUGUUGAUUUGCUUUGAGUUUGUUAUUUUUGAGCUUUUAAUAAGAUCUAAUUGGGAGUCUUGCAGGGACU